UGACAUCCUCCAUAAAAACGCACCAGGCUCGCAAGAUGGCUCCUCAACUCGACGGCUUCUUCAAGCAGGUCGACACCGAUGCUGACCACUUCAUCGAACGUCUCCGCAAGGCCGUUGCGAUCCCCUCCAUCUCGGCGGAGCCUGAGCGCCGCCCUGAUGUCGUCAAGAUGGGUGAGUGGAUGGCCAACGAGCUGAAGUCUCUUGGUGCUUCUGUCGAACUCCGCGAUCUUGGCGAGCAGCCAGGCAAGCCCGGUCUGCACCUCCCUCCCUGCGUCCUGGCCCGCUACGGAAACGACAAGAACAAGCGGACCAUCCUCGUCUACGGACACUACGACGUCCAGCCUGCCGACAAGAGCGACGGCUGGGCGACGGAGCCCUUUGACCUCACUGUGGACGACAAGGGCAGGAUGUUUGGCCGUGGCUCGACCGACGACAAGGGUCCGAUCCUCGGCUGGCUCAACGCCAUCGAGGCACACCAGAAGGCCGGCAUUGACUUCCCCGUCAACCUGCUCAUGUGCUUCGAGGGCAUGGAGGAGUACGGCUCUGAGGGUCUGGAUGACCUCAUCGUGGCCGAGGCCAAGAAGUACUUUGCCGAUGCUGACGCUGUCUGCAUCUCGGACAACUACUGGCUGGGCACGGAGAAGCCCUGCCUGACCUACGGUCUCCGCGGCUGCAACUACUACUCCAUCGAGGUGUCCGGUCCCGGUGCGGACCUUCACAGCGGUGUCUUUGGCGGCACUGCUCAGGAGCCCAUGACGGACCUGACCCGUCUCCUCGGCUCUCUCGUCGACACGGACGGCAAGAUCCAGAUCCCCGGCAUUGCGGAGCAGGUUGCGCCCGUCACCGAGGAGGAGGAGUCUCUCUACGACAACAUCUCGUUCACGAUGGACAACAUCCACGAGUCCCUCGGCAGCAAGACGACCAUUUUCGAGGACAAGAAGUCUACUCUGAUGGGCCGCUGGCGCUACCCUUCUCUCUCCAUCCACGGCAUUGAGGGUGCGUUCUCUGCGCCGGGUGCCAAGACGGUCAUCCCCGCCAAGGUCAUUGGCAAGUUCUCGAUCCGCACCGUGCCCAACAUGGAAAUUGAGAAGACCAACGAGGCCGUGUACAAGUAUGUGAACGACCAGUUUGCCAAGCUCAAGAGCAAGAACACCAUGAAGGUGUAUGAGCAGCACUCAGGCAAGUGGUGGGUCGCGUCGCCCAAGCACUGGAACUUCUCCGCUGCUUCCAAGGCCGUUGAGCGCGUGUGGGGCGUCGAGCCCGACUUCACUCGCGAGGGUGGCAGCAUCCCCGUCACGCUCACCUUUGAGCAGGCCACCGGCAAGAACCCCAAUAGAACGCUUGAUUGA